AUGCAGCCAAUCGCUAUAUACUCGCAUCAAUACGGGCCUAACCCGUGGAAGGUCGCUCUCAUCCUCGAAGAGUUGAACAUUCCAUACACUACAGAGUUCAUUGACUUCACGGCAGUCAAGAAGGUGCCCUAUACCCUCAUGAACCCCAAUGGCCGGCUCCCUGCCAUCAAGGACCCCAACACCGGCAUAACCCUCUGGGAAUCUGGUGCCAUUACAGAAUACCUCAUCGAGAAGUAUGACACAGAGAAGCGUCUUACUUACACGACCUUCCCCGAGCAAUACCACCUCAAACAAUGGCUGUUCUUCCAGGUCUCUGGUCAGGCCCCAUAUUACGGCCAGGCAUCGUGGUUCAUCAAAUUGCAUCCUGAGAAGGUUCAAAGUGCCAUUGACCGGUACCGCAAUGAGAUCCACCGCGUAUGCAGCGUUCUCGAAUCUGUACUUAAGGACUGCGAGUGGCUCGUCGGCGACAAGUGCACCUAUGCCGAUCUUGCCUUUGUAGCCUGGCAACGUUGGGCACCUAAGUUCGGUGGCGAGGAUAUCUAUGAGAAGUUUCCUCACGUGGAGGACUGGAUGAAGCGAAUGGAAGUCAGGCCCACUGUCAAGAAGGUCUAUGCGGACCAGGAUCGUGCUAUUGCCGAGGUUGAGCAGAAAAACUAG